AUGGCGAUCAAGGUGGCACUCGCAGCAGCUCUCCUCGUGGCCCUGGUGGCUCUCGCCAGUGCCACCACCUUCACCACCACCUCCUUCGACGAAAACAGGCAAUGCAGGCAGCAGGUGCAGAGUCGCCGGUUCCACUCCUGCCAGCGCUUCUUGCAGCAGAGGUAUGCCAACGAGGAGGAGGAAGACGCCAACUUUGAGCAAGGGUCCCUUCAAGCCUGCUGCCAGGAGCUCAAGCAAAUGGACCGCCAGCAAUGUGGCUGUGAGGCCAUCAGGCACGCCGUGAGGCAGGCACAGCAGAGCACCGGCCGCUACCAAACCGGCCAAUCCGAGCAUGUUUACCAGCGCGCACGCUCCCUCCCCCGCAGAUGCGGCCUUCGCGAGCAACAAUGCCGCUUCCGCCUUGUCGUCGUUUGAGGAAAUAGCUAGAUCGAUGACAAUGUUUUUUGUCAAUGAGCUGUGUUUAUUCCUUCCAAAUAAAUGUGUUGUGAUGAAUAAAAGUUCCUUCUUUUCUUCGAGGGCUUCUUUCCCCCAUCAAAUUUCAAGUAAAACAAAGAGACAUCAACUCUCUAACCCAAUUCCAACAAACAAACCAACUUAAUUCUCAAGAACCAAAGUACUUCACCAUCUGAAUUUCCUUCUGCUUGAAACCACACCUCUCAUAAAACGGUAUGUUGUCACUGUUACAAUCAAGAAUCACCUUGUAACACCCCAUCGAGCGAGCAUGGUAAGACAGGAAUUCGAUGAUCUUCUUUCCUAAAUGCUUUCCUCGAACGUUAGAAUCCACAACCACGUCUUCGAUGUGACCAACUUUGCCACAAUUCCUUAUGAAUUUCUUCUCUAUGAACACACUCCCGGUUGCAACGAUCUUCCUUGAAUCUUUGUCUUCGAUGACGCAUAUGAGAUGGUCGUUCCCGUACUUGGCCACCUCCCUGAACCGUUGGUCAAAUGCUUCGUCGGAGAUGG